AUGGCUGAUGAAAAAAAUGACACACCACAGACAGAUUUGUCUAGUGCGAACGAAAAUCUUAAAAUUGAAAGUGAACAAAAAGAAAACAAUGAUCCUGGAAAAAUUGAUAAAACAAAAGUUGACAUUUUAUUGAAAGCGACCGGGGAUGCCCCUAUAAUGAAAAAGAAGAAGUGGGCAGUAGAUGCUGAAAAACCCAUUGGUUGGAUCAUGGAAUUUGUAAAGAAAUAUCUGAAGUUGGAGCCUGAAGAGAAAUUGUUCUUAUAUGUUAACCAAACAUUUGCACCAUCGCCUGAUCAAAUUAUCAAAAAUCUGUAUGAGUGUUUUGGCACUGAUGGUAAAUUAGUACUGCAUUACUGCAAAAGCCAAGCUUGGGGC